CCACAUCUUACUAGUAUUCAUCACUAAUAAUUGUUGUAUUGUAUUCGUACAUUUUCUGUUAUUCCUUUAUUAAAAUAUAUUUUGCUUACAAUGGGAAGUAUCACUUCAGAUCCUCUAAUUAUUGGGGGAGUGAUAGGAGAUGUUAUUGAUGAUUUCACCCCAACCAUAAAAAUGACCGUAACUUACAACAACAAAGAAAUCUUUAAUGGAUAUGAAGUACCCUUUCCUUCUACAGUUGCCACCAAGCCAAGGAUUCAGAUUGGAGGAGGGGACAUGAGGUCCCUCUUUACACUGAUCAUGAUAGAUCCGGAUGUUCCUGGCCCAAGUGAUCGUUAUAUGAAAGAACACUUGCACUGGAUGGUGACCGACAUUCCAGGGACCACAGAUUCCACAUUUGGCAAAGAGCUGACAAGUUAUGAAAAACCAAAGCCUAAUAUAGGAAUCCACAGGUAUGUAUUUGUCCUUUUCAAGCAAGAAAAGGGGAAGAAGCACUCAAUUACUCCUCCUUUUUCAAGAGAUCACUUCAACACACGAACUUUCUCUGCUCAAAAUUACCUUGGUGUCCCUGUUGCUGCUGCUUUUUUCAAUGCUAGAAGGGCAACUGCUCAAAGGAGACGUUAGGAAUUAAGAUCCCUCCUACCUAGCUAGCUACAAUCACAUGUUUAUCAUCAUUUUGUGGCUAUGUUUGAAAUAAUAGCUUUGGCUAGUUGAGGUUAAUUUAGAUUUAGUUUAGUGUUUGUGGAAUUAAGGGAACCAAACAUUGAAGUUAAUGAAAUUUAGAUGCAUGGACAUGUAAAUUCUGCUGUUGAUGUUAGUUUGGUUUCAAAUAAUUGUAGCUUUUGGUGUUGUUAUUACACCAUUUUUUUCUUUCUAGGUCUUAGUUUUUAUCACUUGUGUUUCAUUUGGUAUAUCUUUGGUUUGGUGUUUAAUGUUUCUUUAUCCCGUUUCAAUGGUGAUAAUAACGCUGG